UGAAACGUCAAACAAACUCAUUGAAGAUGUAAUCAAGUUCUAACUUAAUGUUUGUGAAAGAGAAGUGACAUGCCAAAAUAAAUAACCUUAACUGACCCUCUGAACAUUCACGCCGGAGAUGUAUAUCUAUUUUGUCCUUAGCAUCUGAUAUUUCAUGCAGUGCAACAGAAGGACUUUUUUUUAAUGUUUACGUAUAUUUCAAGAGUUGUUGUCGUCAAGAGACUUUAUACGGUACUUUUGGGAACGUUAUUGACCAGCUGAAGGCCAAUGUGGAAUGCUUCCUCUUGACUAAAUUGUGUAUUUGCGCGUAAUACAUGCAGGUGGUGCAGUUACCUGGAAUGAAGAUAGUCUGAGAGAAGCUGCAUAAAUAUUCAGUUAGAUCUUGAAGAUGGCAUCAGGGAAAUGCAGAAGUUCUGUUUGUGGUGCAACUCUCAUCAAACAAGAGCCAGUUGAGGCUGACCCACUUGCAUCCCCAGAACAAGAGAUCGAGCACAUAUCUGUUAAGCAAGAAACUCCUGUUGAUGCCAACCCACUUGCAUCCUCCAAGCAAGAGAUGGAGUAUGUAUCUGCUAAGGAAGAAACUCCAGAGUGGGAUGUGCCUGAUGACCACGAUAGUACGUAUGACCCACAAAGCAUCAUCAAAGAGGAGUGUUCAUCUUCAGAAGACUUUCUGAGCCCUAGCGCUCCCAGUAUUGAGGACGACGACGAGGAAAAUGAGGAUGCAGUGAGUGAGGAUGACUUUCAGGAGCUCAAGCAUGAAGUGGAGUCAAGAAGUGGUGGCAGUGAAUCAGAAAGUUCCAUCGGUGUUGGUGUGGACAACGACAACGACACUAACGGAGACAACAGCGGUUUGAUUACCAGCAUUCCACUGCAUUCGUGCAGUGUGUGUCACAAAAUGUUCACGAAGAGUACCUAUUUGAAGAAACACUUCAGAGUCCAUAGUGGUGAACGCCCAUACAGCUGUGGCGUUUGCAACAAGACUUUUGCGCAAAGGUGGGCACUGAAACAACAUUCGCGGCGGCACACAGGCGAACACCCAUACAACUGUGGCGUUUGCAGCAAGGCAUUCAUGCAAAAAUCUGAUCUGAAGAAGCACUUCCGGGUGCACACUGGUGAACGUCCGUACACCUGUGACGUUUGCAACAAGGCUUUUGCACAAAGUAGUGCGUUGAAGCAGCAUUCACGAUUGCACACUGGUGAACGCCCAUACAGCUGUUGCGUCUGCAGAAAGACAUUCAGAGACAGUGAUAAACUGAAGAAUCAUUCACGAUUGCACACUGGGGAGCGUCCGUACGUCUGUGGUAUGUGCAACAAGACAUUCGCUCUAAGUGCUUCACUGAAGCGGCACUCACAAGUGCACACUAGUGAACGCUCGCAUAGCUGUAGUGUUUGCAACAAGACAUUCAGACACAGUAGUAGCCUGAAGGACCAUUUGCGAAUCCACAGCGACGAGCGCCCCUACGUAUGUGGCAUUUGCAACAAGACAUUCGCUCAAAGUUGGGCACUGAGGCACCAUUCACGAUUGCACAGUGGUGAACGCCCAUACAGCUGUUGCAUUUGCAGAAAGACAUUCAGAGACAGAGAAGAAGUGAAGAAGCAUACUCGACUCCACACUGGCGAGCGCCCAUACAUCUGUGGUGUUUGCAACAAGACUUUCGCUCUAAGUUCUUCGCUGAAGCGGCAUUCUCGAGUGCACUCUGAUGAACGGCCUCACAGCUGUGAUAUUUGUAACAAGUCAUUCAGAUGCAGUAAUAGCCUGAAGAAGCAUGUGCGCAUGCACACUGGCGAGCGCCCGUACGCAUGUGGCGUUUGUAACAAGACAUUCGCGCAAAGCUGGGCGCUGACGCAGCAUUCACGAUUGCACACUGGUGAACGUGUACACAGCUGUGGCAUUUGCAACAAGACAUUCACUCGAAGUUCUGCACUGAAGAAGCAUUCACAGCUGCACACCGACGAACGCCUAUGAAGCUGUCAAGUGUGUCAUAUCCCUUUACACCCUGAAAUAUUUUUCAUUGUGCAAGAACUGCAAGUAGCAUUGUUAUAGUGUCCUGAUGUCAUUGAUUGCAGAAAAAAUACUGCAAACAUUUUUUCAUUUAUAAUUAUCCAAAAAAGCACUAGCAUGAUCAUGCACGUCAGGUUUUAAUUCAUUAGACAGUUCAUAUGAUCUCAUGCUCUCAUCAAAAAUAUUACAAUCAUAGCAAAAAUGUUUUAAUAAUUACAUCAUAAAAUCAAACAUUAUUUUUUGCAAAAUGACUUGAAACAGUUUUUUUCUUUGAAUAGACUUAAGUACUGAUUGUAUUUGCCAUGUUUAGUUUUUGCCCUGCUGUUGCAGUACUGAAUCUGGCAAGUCCUUGGGGAAUAAAUGUCAUCCACUGUUGGCCAGUGGUCAUAGCCAUCAUACCUCUUGUCCAGUCCUGGUUUUGGAUGGGGUUUGUAAAUUUAUGCCUUUCUAGGUGGAACUACUUCACUUUAAUUUUAGCUCACGUUCUUCUGUCAUUUUCCUAUCUGGACAUGACAAUAGAGCUUCAGCCAAAGACAUCCUGAAUUUCAGCAAAUCCAUUACAUUCUAUUUUGGAAGUUGCUGUUCCCUGCAGUGCUGUCUAUACAUAAACCGACAAUUUACUACAAUCAGGUCUGUAAAGUAAAGUAAGCACUUAAGGGUUCGUUUUUUUGUUCGGAUCCAUGUCUGAUAGCAUUCAGUCUGUUGGUCAUUAAUAUCUACUCCAUCCAUAUUAAUAUUGUACUUCUUAAUGACAGAAAGACAGUCUAUUUCUAAAUAUUUAUAUACCUUCUUACCCCACCUUUGGACUUUGCACUUUGGCUCUAUGCCAGCAGAAGUGGAUGCCACAACAAUCUUUUGAUUAUCCUGCCACUUAUUGAUCAUGACUGGCUCAUCUGAUCUAAUGUACUGAUGACGUUCUCCUCUAUUCAUUUACUUUCAGUUUAAUAUUUUUAUUCUGUUUGUCAUUAUUGUUCCUGUGCCUUCGAUUCCUCUCUGAGUUUCUCUAAGAGGGGAGUGGUAGUGAAAUAUCUAUCAAAAUAAAUGAAACUUUCCUGUGGUAGAGUUUGGGAAAGUUGAAAAUCUUUGGUGGUCCUAAGCCUAAUGAUUUCUCACCAAAAUUCGUGCUGGCACCCUGAUAUAUCUCAAAAUCUAAAACUAUACCUGAAGCUGAAGCCAAAAUAAAUUUCUUAAACCCUAUAGGUCUAGGUUUGCCUUUGACAUAUUGUUUUAAUUUACAAUGCCCUGUGAAGGAUAUCAUUUGUUCAUCGAUGCUGUAACAAUUGACUGUACAGGAUGAAGUAUGGUAUCUCUCUCUCUCUCUCUCUCUCUCUCUCUCUCUCUCUCUCUCUCUCUCUCUCUCUCUCUCUCUCUCUCUCUCUCUCUCUCAGCAUCAAUGAGUGGUUGAAUCUUCCACAGUUUAUUCGUCUACAGCAUCUACAAAAUGUAUGUUGUAUUGCAGGGCAAUAAAACGGUCUCGAGACGUACUGUCACUAACUUUGUUCAGAGAAAUGCAUUUCUGCCAAUACAUAGGUAACCUAGGAUACCUUAUGCACCCCAUAGUUAAUUCCAAAAAACAGCUUAAUUUCUCUAGCUGUUGUAUCCAAAUACCGAGUGGGGCUCUGAAUGGGCGAAGGAUUCUGUAACAAAGAAGAAAAAAUCCAAGGUGUAUGGUAAGUAAUAAAUAUAAUGCCUAAUGUUGUAUGGAAAUCGGAAGUAAAACCAACUAAAUAGCGACGUAACAACCUGCCCAAUUACUGUUAAGAAGUAUGAGAUUAUUGACGUUAUUCAUUGCCAGUCUGUUGUAUAUACAAUAUCAAAAAAACACAAACGGAUAUACGUCAAAAGACUUUAAAUAACACAAGUCAGCUACUAACCUGAAGAACACGUGACGCUUCUGUUAACACCCACAUUCACCGUUUCAUUCUGCUGCUCUCUGUUGACGUGGAAUCGGAACAAAAACAAGUGAAACGUGAAGCACACAAGUUGGACGAUCGUUUCAGGCUGGUUGGAAGCAAAGCAGAAGCAACAGGUCGGCAUACAAAAUAAAAAACCGAACCAGCACGAUCGUGUGGCCUCAGGCGGAAAAGGAUAAGAGAUCAGAAGCAUGAUCAAGUUGAAGGAACACUUGUGAUUGCACACUGAUGAAAAAACAUACAUUUUCAACAUUUAUCAAAUGUAAUUUUUGUACUGUAGA